CUCAAAUGACUGCACUGGCUUGCAGAUGAGCAUAAAAUGCUUUAUAAAGGCUAAUAAUACAUUUCUCUGGCAUUGUCACAUGAACCAUUGUUGCAAAUUAUUCCUGGUCCUAGAAGUCUCAUGGCUAGUUUGAGGAUCUACGUAUCUGUUUUACAUAAAACUAGAAGCAGGAGUAUGCCAGCCUAUUUCCUUACAGCAGAUGAUUUUAUGGGCAGUCUUUGUUCUGGAAACUGAUAACAAAUAUUGGACUAUGACCUUACUGUACUCAGUGAGAGAUUCACAGAAAAUAAAACUAACUUGAUCAACAACAAUAUGGACGCCUGAAAUGAUCAACCUCUUUAAGCAACAGAAUAUUUAUUGAGCCAUUCAAAGAGUCUUGUGGACACAUCUGAUCCUCACAGGCUUAAAUAGGGGUUAGAGCAAUGGCAGAAUGGGCUUCGAGGUCAUCAAAAGGAAGAAAGACCAGGAGACGGAGUAUAAGUCCACCUCCAGGGAUGUCAUCCUCCAGCAGUCCACUGACUGAGGAGCUUCAGUGCUCGAUAUGUCUGGACGUGUUCACUGAUCCAAUCAGCACUUCAUGUGGACACAACUUCUGCAAGACCUGUCUGAAUAAGUGCUGGGACAACAGCCAGACCUGCAACUGUCCAUAUUGUAAAGAAACAUUCAAGAUCAGACCUGAUCUCAAGAUUAAUACCACACUCAGAGAGCUCGUAGAUCACUAUAAAAAGAAAAGUCCUGAGAAAAAAACUGAAGUUCUGAAAAAAAAUGAAGUUCUGUGUGACGUCUGUGAGGAAAGAAAGCUGAAAGCCCUGAAGUCGUGUCUGGGGUGUCUGAGCUCUUACUGUGAAACUCACCUGGAGCCUCAUUUGAAAGUGGCAGGUUUAAAGAAACACAAACUGAUCAAUCCUGUGAGGAAUCUGGAGGACUAUAUAUGUCAGAAACAUGAGAGACCUCUGGAGAUGUUCUGUAGAGAUGAUCAGACAUGUGCGUGUCCGAUAUGUGAUAGGAAAUACCACAAGAACCACAACUCUGUUCCUAUAGAAGAGGAGAGUGAAGAGAAGAAGACUCAACUAAUGAAGACACAGAAAGAUGUGCAGCAGAUGAUCCAGGACAGAAUCAAGAAGAUUCAAGAUGUCAAACACUCAGCAGAAGUCAGAAAAAAAUGUUACACUGAACUGCUGGAGAUGAUGGAGGAGCAGCAGAAAGCAGCAGAGAAACAGGAGGAAGAGCUCAUUGAAGAGCUGGAGCAGGAGAUCACUGAGCUAAAGAUGAGAAACACUGAGCUGGAGCAGCUCUCACACACUGAAGAUCACCUCCACCUCCUACAGAUUUACUCAUCCCUGUGCAGCUCUAGAAACACCAGGAACUGGUCUGAGAUCAGUGUGAAGACUGAUGAGAGUCUGGAGACUCUGAGGAGAGCUCUGACUCAACUGAAGGACACUCUACAGGAGAAACUCACAUUAAAUGAUCUGAAGAGGAUGCAGCAGUAUGAAGUGGAUGUGACUCUGGAUCCUGAUACAGCUCAUCCUCAACUCAUCCUGUCUGAUGAUGGAAAACAAGUGAGACAUGGAGACAUUUGGCAGAAACGGCCAGACAAACCAGAGAGAUUUGAUAGGUGUGCAAUUGUCCUGGGAAAGGAGGGAUUCUCCUCAGGGAGAUUUUAUUUUGAGGUGCAGGUGAAGGGAAAGACUGACUGGGGUUUAGGAGUGGCCAGAGAAUCCAUUAACAGGAAGGGAGAGAUCACACCGUGUCCCAGUUAUGGAUUCUGGACUGUGGCUCUGAGGAAUGGGAAUGAAUAUAAAGCCCGUGCUGGUCCUCCUGUCUCUCUGUAUCUGAGAGUGAAGCCGCAGCAGGUCGGUGUGUUUGUGGAUUAUGAGGAGGGUCUGGUCUCCUUUUAUGAUGUGGAGUCCAGCUCUCAUAUCUACUCUUUCACUGGUCAGUCUUUCACUGGGAAACUCUAUCCAUUUUUUAGCCCGUGCUUUAAUGAUGGAGGUAAAAACUCAACUCCACUGAUCAUCACACCUGUCAAUCACAAAAAAUGAAUAUACAUUCCUAAUAUGAAAUACUUAAUGAAUAUAAUGCUUCAUGUACUAAUGCUUAAAAACAUCAAAUAUGUGUUCUUACUCAAAGGAUGAGAAUCAUUUGUUGUAGCUGUUUUACAUCAAACUGAUACAGCAUCUGAAUAAAGACAUUAUUU